GGGCGCUGCAGUAGUCGCCGCAGCGGCGAUGGGAGCGGUGGGGACCAGGCGGCGGGGGCGGCGGCAGCAGGAGGAGCAGGAGCUGGCACGAGAGCAUCGGCUGGGGGCAGACAGAGGCAUUAAGAGCAGCCUCCGCCGCCGCCGCCAGUAAACGCGGACCGUAUCCGAGGGGAACUACCCAGCCGGCCAGCUCCGAAGCCGCGCUCGGGUCCCGCCGCAGUCGGCGGCGGGGGAUGGGCAAGCGGCGGCGGCCCCGCUGAGGGUUGAUCCCUGCGGGUCCCGGCUCUGAGCCAGCCCCGAGCCCUCCGCCCGAAAUCCCUGCGUCCGCUGACCCAGGUUAAAUGGAAACCACCCGUGGGAGCUGGAUGCCUGUGUAGCCAUUCUACCACAUCAGUGAAUUGCAAUGAGUGGAGGAGGAGAGCAGCCGGAUAUCCUCAGUGUUGGAAUCCUGGUCAAAGAAAGAUGGAAAGUGUUGAGGAAGAUUGGGGGCGGGGGCUUUGGAGAAAUUUACGAUGCCUUGGACAUGCUUACCAGGGAAAACGCUGCUCUGAAGGUGGAAUCAGCUCAGCAACCAAAACAGGUUCUGAAAAUGGAGGUUGCUGUAUUGAAAAAACUACAAGGGAAAGACCAUGUUUGUAGAUUUAUUGGCUGUGGGAGGAAUGAUCGAUUCAACUAUGUGGUCAUGCAGUUGCAGGGUCGGAAUCUGGCAGACCUACGUCGUAGCCAGAACCGGGGCACAUUCACUAUUAGCACUACUCUUCGGUUGGGUAAACAGAUUCUGGAGUCUAUUGAAAGCAUCCAUUCCGUGGGAUUCUUGCACCGUGACAUCAAACCGUCGAACUUCGCCAUGGGUCGCUUUCCUAGUACAUGUAGGAAAUGUUACAUGCUUGAUUUUGGCUUGGCUCGACAAUUUACCAAUUCCUGUGGAGACGUCAGACCACCUCGAACUGUGGCAGGCUUUCGAGGGACAGUUCGUUAUGCAUCAGUCAAUGCUCACCGGAACAGGGAAAUGGGAAGACAUGAUGACCUUUGGUCCUUAUUCUACAUGUUGGUGGAGUUUGUGGUUGGUCAGCUGCCUUGGAGAAAAAUAAAAGACAAGGAGCAAGUAGGAUCUAUUAAGGAGAGAUAUGAGCACAGGCUUAUGUUGAAACAUCUCCCUCCAGAAUUCAGCAUCUUUCUGGACCAUAUCUCCUCUUUGGAUUAUUUUACAAAACCAGACUACCAGCUUCUUACAUCCGUGUUUGACAACAGUAUCAAGACCUUUGGAGUAAUUGAGAGUGACCCUUUUGACUGGGAGAAGACUGGAAAUGAUGGCUCCCUAACCACCACCACUACGUCCACCACUCCUCAGCUGCACACCCGCCUGACCCCGGCAGCCAUUGGAAUUGCCAAUGCCACUCCCAUCCCAGGAGACUUGCUUCGAGAAAAUACAGAUGAGGUGUUUCCAGAUGAACAGCUUAGUGAUGGGGAGAAUGGCAUCCCUGUUGGUGUGUCACCAGAUAAAUUGCCUGGCUCUCUGGGACACCCUCGUCCCCCGGAGAAGGAUGUCUGGGAAGAGUUGGAUGCCAACAGAAACAAGAUAAAGCUUGGGAUUUGUAAGGCUGCUACUGAAGAGGAGAACAGCCAUGUUCAAGCAAAUGGUAUUCUGAAUGCUCCAAGCCUUGGUUCACCAAUUCGUGUCCGCUCAGAGAUUACUCAACCAGACAGAGAUGUUCCACUGUUGCGAAAAUUACGUUCCAUCCACAGCUUUGAGUUGGAAAAACGUCUGACACUGGAGCCAAAGCCAGAUACUGACAAGUUUCUUGAGAUCUGCCUGGAGAAAAUGCAGAAAGAUUCCAGUGCAGGAAAGGAAUCUAUUCUCCCCACUCUGCUUCACAAGCCUUGUGUUCCUCCUGUGUCCCAUACUGACCACAUCUGGCACUACGAUGAAGAAUAUCUUCCAGAUAUUUCCAAGCCUGUCUCUGCCAACACCCCUGAGCAGGCAGAUGGUGGUGGCAGCAAUGGAUUUAUAGCUGUUAACCUGAGCUCCUGCAAACAGGAGGUUGAUUCCAAAGAAUGGGUGAUUGUGGAUAAGGAGCAGGACCUUCGGGAUUUUAGGACAAAUGAGGCUUUAGGCCAUAAAACAACUGGCAGCCCUUCUGAUGAGGAGCCUGAAGUCCUUCAAGUUCUAGAAGAAACUCCUCAAGAUGAAAAGCUCCGGUUGGGUCCUUGGGCAGAACAUGAUCACAUAAAGAAGGAAACCUCAGGUGCGAUCUUUGCACUUUCUGUGGAGAGCCCUGCCACUGCUGCUUCAGAACAAGAUGCAGAUAGGGUGGAACUCCGGGAUGGAGCUACCAGUCAGUUUAUUGCAGUGACACCCACAAGUCCAAUGGAAGCACAAGCGGAAGGACCCCUCACAGUGAUUACAAUUCCAAGACCUUCUGUGGCAUCCACACAGUCGACUUCAGGAAGCUUUCACUGUGGUCAGCAGCCAGAAAGGAAAGACCUCCAGCCCAUGGAGCCCACUGUGGAACUCUACUCUCCAAGAGAGAACUUCUCUGGCUUGGGUGUGACAGAGGGUGAACCUCCUAGUGGAGGAAGCAGAGCAGACUUGGGGCUUCAGGUAGAUCACAUUGGUCAUGACUUUUUACCCAAUAUUCAAGUAUGUGACAAAUCCCAAGACCUAGGACCGAAAGACCUUUCUGACCAUAACAGACUGGCUAUGAGAGAAUUUGGGAGUUUCCCUAGGAAAACUGAAGAGAAAUGCAUUCUUCUGGGGUCAGAUAAUGAAGAUGAGAAGUUAAGCAAAGGGCAGCAUCAUACUGAGAUCACCUCUCUCCCAGGAGAUUUGGAAACUGUGGAAAGGGAUCACUUAGCUACUGCUGAGCCUCUUGAUGUAACAAAGACACAGACUUUUAGUGUGGUGCCAAAUCAAGACAAAAAUCAUGAGAUAAUGAAGCUUCUGGAAGCUGGAACUUCGGAAAUAUCUCCACGAGUUACUGACCCACAUGUUGAAGGACAGAUAGGCCAGGUGGCAGCAAUGCAAAAAAGCAAGCUAUCUAAGGAUGGUGACAUCAAGAGUAAACACUUGGCAAGUCAUCAAGGAGACCUCUCUACUUUUUUGUACCAAGAGGGUAAGAGAGAGAAGAUUGCCCCUAGAAAUGGAGAACUAUUUCAUUGUGUUUCAGAGAGUGAACAUUGUCCCUCAUCCCGGAAAGAUGUGAUUAGGUCAUCCUUUGUAACUAGACACAGCCGAAUCCCUAUUUUAGCACAAGAGAUAGACUCAACUUUUGAAUUAUCCUCUCCAGUCUCUGCAAAAGAAAAGCUCCUCCAAAAGAAAGCUUAUCAACCAGACCUAGUCAAGUUUCUGGUGGAAAAAAGGCAACUCAGGUCUUUCCUGGGAGACCUCUCAAGUGCCUCUGAUAAAUUGCUAGAGGAGAGACUAGCCACAGUCCCUGCUCCCUUUUCUGAGGAGGACGCCUUCACUCCCUUUUCAAGACUGACUAUAGACUCACAUCUGAGCAGAUCAGCUGAAGACACCUUUCUGUCACCCAUCAUCUCCCAGUCCCGAAAGAGCAAAAUUCCAAGGCCUGUUUCAUGCAUCAACACAGAUCAAGUCAAUAGCUCAGCUUCAUCUCAGUUCUUGCCUCGGCCACCACCAGGAAAGCCACCCACAAGGCCUGGAGUAGAAGCCAGGCUCCGCAGAUAUAAAGUCCUAGGGAGUAGCAAUUCCGAUUCAGACCUCUUCUCCCGCCUGGCCCAAAUUCUUCAAAACGGAUCUCAGAAACCCCGGAGCACCACUCAGUGCAAGAGUCCAGGAUCCCCUCACAAUUCCAAAACACCACCCAAGAGUCCAGCUGUCCCUCGCAGGAGUCCCAGUGCCUCUCCUCGAAGCUCUUCCUUGCCUCGCACAUCUAGCUCCUCACCAUCCAGGGCUGGGCGGCCCCACCAUGACCAGAGGAGUCCAUCCCCGCAUCUGGGGAGAAGCAGGUCACCUCCCAGCCACUCAGGAUCCUCCUCCUCCAGGAGGUCUUGCCAGCAGGAGCAUUGCAAACCCAGCAAGAAUGGCUUGAAAGGAUCUGGCAGCCAACACUACCACUCGGCCAACACUAAGGCGCCCCCAGGGAAGAGUAAGUCUGCCAGUAAACUCAGCAGAUAGGAGCCGUGCUGCAUCUCUGUGAAAGGUGUGAGGUCUUCCUCCUAAAUCCAAUGCAUGUGUGUCCUUGUACUGUCUAUUUAAAAAAACAGUGUUGAUCUUCUCUUGCAAAAGGAAGUAACACGAUAAAUUAUUUAUAAGAAGACAUAAAUAUAUGACAAGGGAUUACCCAAGGCAGGAAGCAAGCAGAUCAGGAAUCAAUGCCUUUACAGAGGAAGGGACAAUCCAGCAAAAUCAAAGGGAGAAGUUGAUUAAGUGAACUCUCAUUGUUUAGCUGCCUUUGAAACAAGAGAGUUUGAAGGUAGGAAAUGGAAUGGAAUUUUAAGGGAUUUGGCCUACUUUUUUUUAAGGCCUCUACUCAAAGAUUAUAUAGCAAAAGUAAAACAUUAUUUUAAUGUUUUCAUUCACAACUUCCCAGUGCUGGAGAGUCAGAAUUGCUCCCGUAGCGGAGCAUACAUGUGAGGAGAGGUCUAUGCUGGGAGCCACUGCUCGCAUCCAUUUGCCUCAUGUGUAUCUAGUGUACUGAGAAUUCCCACCUUUACUUUGCCUCAUUCCUAGUACCCUCCCCUGAUUUCAUAUUUCUUAAUGUAGUGUUUCUCAUCUGGUCCAAUCUCUUAUUUUAGCAAUACAUGCUAAUAUGCUUUUAGCAAUACAUGCUGAGAAUUUUUUUUAGUCCCCCAAUAUUUUUCUUUGGAGCAACAGUUCUUAAAUCAGCAUAUUUUUAUUGUGAAAAAUAACUGAUGAGACUUAGAUAAAGGAAGGAAAAAAUCUAAAUAAAGCUAUUUUGCAGACUUUUGUGCUUUAGGAAGAGCAGGCAGGGCAUGGGGUACUACCCUUCCAGAUAGAAGAGCCCUCUCCUCCUCUGAUAGUUUCCUCCUUGUGGAAGGAAAAGUGUUCCUAAAGUACAAUGCUGUGAAAUGUGACUUUAUGCGUUUAGAGAUUUAGAAAGAAAUUAGGUACUUGUUGAGGCUUGUUGUCCUCAAACUUUGUAUUUUAUACAUUUAGCAAGGAAUGAAAUGUGGGGAAAUAAAUUUGGGCUCAAUAUUUUUAGUAUUUUACUACCUGCUUCUAUGCUUUAGUUUGAAUAUUUGGACUUUUUGACCUGAUUUCCAUAUAAACUCAAUUUAUAAAGCUGCGGAGGAUCAUAUUUGUUCUAAUUUCACUCUUCUGCUAACAGGAGUCAGGAAAAAUUAAAUUACGCUGGACUUUUUAAAUGGGCUCUUUUGUACUCUGUAGGUGUUUUGUGUUACAAAGACCUUAUUAAGGUCAGGUAAAUUUUUCUGCUUGCUGUUGAAAUCUGCCUUCUAGCAAACAUCUGUGCUUUCUCUUUGACCUUGUGUUUGCUGCCAAACCUAAUAUGGUUGAAUAGGAAAACAAAAAAAAGAAAGAAAUAUAUUUCCCCACCAAGUAAACAUACUCUAAUGCUGCAUCAAAGCUGCCCUGAAGCUGCACUGAACUUUUCUCAUUCUCUUUAUCUGUUGUGCUUUUAAAAAAAAAAAAAA